UCGAAUUUCGUUAAAGGUGACACGGUUGAUGUUAGUCCUCAAAAGAGUCAUAUCAGAAUUACUGGUCGACUGGGGCUAGCUGAUGAUGAUAGAUAUGUACUUAGGUGCGCAGCCACAGUCAAUGAUCGACCAGAAACCAACGGGAUUUUAAUAUUAAGACUGAUAUGCAGACAUAUGAUGGAUAUAAUGUACCAGUUAAAAGAAAUACUUCACCAAGUAAACAGUCCUAUGGUACUCAAGUAAAUUUUGAUAAAGGUCUGUUAAAUAUAGAUACGAAUAAUUCAAAAAUAAAUACAAUGGAUAAAAAAAUCCAAUGCAAAAGUACUAAUGCUGAAUCUAAUUUAGUUGAUGGUAAUAAUGAAUUUGAUAAUAAUCUUAAGAAAUGUCAAAGUCCUGUUGUUAUAAUAUCAGUUUAUCCUAAUCAAGAAUCGCCUGAUAAUGUCCUGAUUAUAAAAAAUCCGUUGAACGGAAAUAAUGUAAAGUCUUCACCACAAACAGUGAUUAUGAAUAAUGAAAGUACUAAACAAAGUUGGUUCGUUCGAAGUCCAAAACUUGAAAGUAAAAAAAUAAACAGUAUUGUCGGCCGAAGUAGAACGCCUUCGCCGCCUGCGAACUCUAGGUUGCAAAGAAAAGAAAAUAAAACUUUUGAAACAAAACUGGGUUUUAUGAAUGUAAAACGCCAAGAAUUUGAUGAAAAUGCGAAUAGCAAAACCAAUAGAGUUAAACGGCAAGGAAGAUUAAAUAAAACAACAACUCCUUCUAAAAUGACACAAAUCAAUACAAUAGACAAAUUUAGAAAUAAAAUCGGAAAUAGUAAAAAAAUAUUACGAUUAAAUUCGACGAAAACAAAAGAGACUAAUACAGAACAUAUAUUAACUAAAAAAGCAUUAAUAGAGUCAUAUACGAGACAGAUAAUUAAAGCUAAUGAAAAGAAAACAAGGAAUGACAAUUUAAAUAAUAAUGAAUCAAGAGUAGCCGUGAAUAUAGAUGCAGAAAAUGAGUAUUACGAUGUAUUAUUUCAACAAGGAACUUUCACUACCGACUUGCGAGUAAAGAAAACAUUAAAAGGAGUAGGUACACAAAGCUACGACAAUGAUGUACUUUUGAAUUCUAUGGAGAAUUUAUUUUUAACGCAAAGCGAAAAAGAACCCAGGAAAAGAUCACUUUCUCGAACUUUAUAUGGAGAUGACGUAGAUGACAUUCCAACGUUGGACAAAACUACAUCUGUUUUAAACAUAAGAGACAGUUUGGAAAUUUGUCACAGACGUGAGGAUCGGACCAGCCAAGGCCUUAAAUCUCCUAUGACUCGCCACCGAAAAAAUAAUACUAAGGAGCGAUUCGCAUCUACUAAACAUUACAAAGGAGAUAAUUGUUGUAUCUCCGACCCUAUAAAAAGAGAUAAGGAGAUUAGGAAACUCCUUGGUAUAGACAAAUAUACACAAUCCGUAUCGCCUCCGGCACCGCCAAGUGGUGUGGAAGUUCCAUUCCAAAUUUUCUAUCGAAGACAAUGCGAAAAAAGUUUACUGACGGGACUUAGCUUAGUCGAUGUAACUUCAUGUGCAUGCUGUGAUCAGAAAUAUUUAAAUGAAAUAGAACAUAUGCAAGAAAAACAAAAGACAAACUAUAAAAAACAAACAGAACAAGGAAACCCGAACAUUAAUGUUGAAUCUAACGAAAGUAAUGAAACAAAUCCAACGAAUAAGAUUAAACCAAAUGGACCAUAUACAGAAAAUAAGAAAGACUUAGUAAAAAUACCUAUUCGAAUCAAGAAGUCGAUCAUAGAACAGCCUUCUAUUUAUCAGCAGAUGAUUCUAAAUCGCAACAUACAAGUCUUCCUGCAAGUAGAACAAUUUACGAAAAAGAAACCUAUUACACUUUCGCGGAAACAAUAUGAUAAAGUAAAAAAGACAAUAGAGCAUACAAUAUCUAAAAAGAUAAGUCAUCGUAAGCAAUGCAUUUGUAAAUUUAGUUUUGUAUCAGUUGGGGAUGUAAGAAAAAAAUUCAAGCAUAAAAAUGGAUUACUUAAUGCCAAAGAAACACAAACGAAACAUGUAAAUAAUAAAAAGGUAACUAAAAUCGAAUCAUCAAAAAAAGAAAAUAUUAAAGCAAGAACCGAAAAUUUAAGAAGAAAAGCAAAGAGUGUAGGUAACGAAAGAAAAAUGCUUAUAGAUAAUGUUAAAAGUAGAAACAUUUUAAAGACAAAAGAUGAAAAUAAGAAUACAUUAGUUUUAUUUUCAAAAGAAACUAAGGCAACUGACAUUUCUGAAAAUGCUUCGACGAAGCAUGUUCUUUCUAGUGUGGAAAUACGGUAUGCAAGCAUGGCGUACGUGAAGGAAGUUGCAUGUUCUUCUAGUAAUAUUACUGUUAGGUCUACACCCGUAUCACUUUCUGAAAGGAAGUCUCGUUCUUUGCUUACAAUAUUCCAAGGACACAGGAAAUCUCCUACGCCUAAUCUAGGAACAUCUGCCUGCUCACUAUAUUCAGAUGUCGCUGAGCAAUAUUUAGAACAAAAAUCUGUAAAAAAUGGAAUAGAAGGUGAUACAAAACAGAAAAAGACAUUACUAAGGAGACUGAUGUCUUGCCUUGUUCUACGGACGAACAAAGCAUCUGAAGCGGAAAUUAUUUGUCCACCAGUACCUAGGGCUUCUAGCCUUAGUAGUGCCAUUGAUUCGUAUCAUAUUAGCACAUCGUUUGCUGCAAUAGAAAUAAAUUCAUCUAUAUACGAUACUUCAGCCUCUUUCUACACUAAUCACAGCAUAUUUCCAAUUAAUAACAAAAGGAAGCGCAGCUUUUUAAGCUCCGUGCGAGGGUUCCUUACAAAUCGUAAAAGUUAAAAUGUAACAAUAAAAAACCCUUUAUUUUUUUUGUUCUGUUUUUUAUGUGGCACGUAUUUUUUAUUUCUUUAUGUUGUAUUAAAAAUGUAAAUUAUUA